AUUACUGGAAAAAGAAAGACCUAUUAGAAAAGCUGUUCCACUUCCCUCUUCAAAAGUCGAUUGUGAGGUACAAUCUGUGUUCCUUUCCCUCUGAUCAUACAACUCCAGCUGAGGAAAUUGUAACAAAGGAAAGCUAAAGAAGAGAUUUUUCUUUCUUUUCAAAAUGGGUCUUCUCAGAUUGACGCUUCACUUGAUGGAUUUCCUAGCUUGGCCUGCACUAGCUCUGGGCUAUCCUCUAUGUGCAUCAAUACGAGCGAUUGAGACUGGCUCCAAGUAUCACAUGAGGAAGCUAGUCACAUAUUGGACCAUCUUUUCCUUUAUUUCUCUCUUUGAGCACCUAUUUGAGAAACUUAUUCAAUGGAUUCCUCUGUGGCCACAUAUAAAAUUAAUAACCAUAUGUUGGUUGGCGAUACCACAGUUUAAUGGCGCAUGUUAUCUUUAUCAAAUUCUUAUUCAUCCAUAUUUUCUGGUUAAAUGGCACGAUAGUAUCAGUCAGUUUAAUAGUUCUUGUUAUGUUUAUCUACGCCUUUUAUGUUUGUGCUUGUCUGUCAACCUUCAAACUGUCACUGACUGGUUUAACAAGCCAAUGGAGGAUCCAUCUCUCAAGAAUGAAACAUUUCUGGCUGUGGCAGAGAGGCAUCUUGCAGAAAAUGGAUCUGAUGCUCUGGAGAAACUUAUUGCAAACAAGUCUAAGGAUUUUAGAUCGAAUCAUCAUACAGAAGAGAUCAAGCCUACUGAUACUAGUGAUGAAGCUGGAAGGCUUACCCUCAACCAGACGGAAUGUGUUGUGAGUGGUCCUGUUUGGGAAGAUAUCACAGUGAUGGAGCAUAUGGCAAAACAUGAAGCCGCAGAAUCCAAACAGGUAAAAAGAGUGAAGGAAAAUCCUAUUCAGAUUGAGAGGAAAACGGCAGGAGUGCAAGUCAUGGAAAUGGUAGUUUCAGCAGAUGCUGAAGAGAUUAAACUUCCAGAGAUUACUUUCUCAAAGAAAGUUCAGACAGAGUGGACUUGUGCAGUAUGCCAAAUGAAAACCACCUCCGAGCAAAACUUGAAAUCCCAUCUUAACGGAAGUAAACAUAAAGCAAAGUGUGAAGGACUGAAAGCUUGCAAGCAGACUCCCAAAAGUGAAGGAAGCUCACCUGUUACAAAAUCAAAUCAGCAUAAUCAGCAAGUAAAACAUGCAGCCGUAGCACGAUCAGAACACAGUGCUAAUGAGGCAGCUGAACCCAAACAGCUUAAAAGUGUGAAGGAAAAUCUAAUCCAGAUUGGGAAGAAACCAACAGCUAUGCAGAUAAAGGGAACAGCACUUCCAGUGGAUGCCGAGGAGAUUAAACUCCCAGAAACCAAUUCUGUAAAGAAUGUUCAGACAGAGUGGACUUGUGUGGUAUGUCAAGUGAUAACCACCUCAGAGCAUGACUUGAAGUGCCAUCUUCUAGGAAGGAGACAUAGGGAAAGGUGUGAAGAGCUGAAAACUUGCAAGCAAAUGGCCAGAACUGAAAGAAACCCACCUUUUGCUUCAAAUAUGCCAGACAAGCUUAAGCAGGAACAAGUAAAACAUGCACUUGCAGCACAAAAAAAGAACACUCGUAAAAAACCUAAAGAAAAGGUCCAACUAGGAGCUACUACUGGUCAACAUCAAAGCCAGAUGCAAGUGAAGAAUGCUGGUGGUGCUACUCAUAAUUCUAAGCUGUGGUGUAGUUUUUGUGAUGUUUGGUGCCCUGACAAGAUUGCUAUGGCUGCACAUCUUAACGGUAGGAAGCACUUGGCAAAACUUCAAGAAGAAUCAGUUUUACUGGUGGAACAUGGGUUUUGAAUUAUGCAAAUAUGCAAUUUUAUCAGGGUAUUUGAAGGUGUUUGCUCCAAUUUAGGGAUGUGUUGUUGAGGCAACUUUUUUUAAUUAUCAAUACUGAAAUUUAGUUGCUUAAUCACUGGGAAGGACAAAGGGGAAAAUUUAUGUCAGACAAAUGAGACUUGUGUAUUGUCAGUUGGUAUGAGGAAUCAGAGCUUCUAAUUUUAACUUGGCUUUUUGUUUUUUCA